AUGAAAGACAACGAGGCACAUAAGCAUGCCAUUGAGGCUGAGAUCGAUAUGGCUCACUCUGAGCAUCGUGACAUACCCCUAGGCUAUGAGGAUCCACACAAAGCUGCAUUGGAAGACAAUCCUGAGCAUGCGGAGAAGUUGACAUUAUCUGUUGUCCUUUCUGCGUUGUUCUUGGGGACCAGCUUCACGGGUCCAAUCAUCUUCGGCUUCAUCCUCGCUACUCCAAUUCUGGUCCAGCUUUCCGAAAAGCUUGGAGGAGCAAACAUCGACUUUUGGAUUCCUUCCGGAUGGGGUGCUGCCGCUGCUGUCGGCUUCACAAUUGCGGGAAGAGUCUCUGAUAUCUUUGGGAGACGAUAUGUUAUUCUUACUGGCCAACUUCUUACGAUUCUCGGCGGCAUCAUUGCAGGGACUGCUCAAUCUAUGAAUCAACUUAUCGCCGGAGAAGUCAUUCUUGGGGCAUCAAUUGGAACUGUUUCUGUUGCUUGUGCUGGCAUAUCUGAGAUUCUCCCUAACAAGUACCGUGGCGCCGGCCUAGCGUGGACGGAGUUCAACCUAUCGAGUUGGAUUCCAGGCACACUCCUCGCCAAUGCUAUGAUAUCUCAUGCUACUUGGCGCAUCAUGUUCUACGUUGCCAUCGGAUAUGGCGCCUUCUCUUUUAUUGGAACGCUGUUUGUCUACUUUCCGCCAAGUCAUCCUCGGCCUGAUGGCAAGACGAAAUGGCAAGAGUUCAAAGAACUCGAUUUCAUUGGCGCCGCCCUUUUCGUCACUGGCCUGGUCGUUUUCCUAUUUGGCCUUAACUCUGGUGGCAAUACGUACGCAUGGGGCGCUACCGGGACGAUUGCUGCUUUGAUCCUUGGGCUGAUUACUUUCUUCGCGGCUUUCGCGUAUGACUUUACACUUGCGAAGGAUCCAUUGUUCCCUUGGUAUCUAUUCAAGAGUUUUCGGGAGUUCUCGUCGUUGAUUGUACUUGUUUUUGUUGCCGGGAUGGUGUUCUUCGCUGCUUCGGCGCUGAAUGCUCAGACGAUCCUCUACCUUCAUACAGCAGAUGCGAUCAAGAUCGGCGUCUACUCUCUCCCUUCUGGAUCUGGCCAACUUAUCGGCGGGGUCGUUAUCCCCGCUCUCGUCCAAUAUAUCAGACACGUCAACCUCCAACUUAUCUUUGCAAACUUCAUGCAAGCACUCUUCUUCGGUUUGGCUGCCCUCAUAACACCCACAAACCUCAACUGGCUCAUGGCAGUCCAGUUCCUCGCCAUGUUGCCAUUUGGAUGGAUUACUCUUAAUUGUUAUACGACAGCCAGUUUGCACGUCCCGCAACGUGAUCUCGGCGUUGCGAUUGGAUUGAUCGGAACAUUCAGAAGUGUCGGAGGUAGUAUCGGCUCCGUGAUCUUCUCCUCCAUCUUCAGCCAAACAGCCACAAAACAAGUCUCCUCCCGCAUCACCUCAACGCUCGCCUCCAAUUCUGUAGCCCUCAACGCCACCAGCACAGCUAGCUUCAUCAAGGCCGUCCGUCUCACCAUCCUCGGCGUCCCCGGCCAAGCCGCUGCGUUCCCGACUGUGUCAACAGAUAUCUUCGCGAAGUGCGUAACGGCGGCUCGAUACGGGUAUGCGUACGGGUUCCGGAUUACCUGGUUGGCGAGUAUCCCGUUUGGUAUCAUUGCGGUGAUUUGUGCGGCGUGUGUGAGGGAUCCGAGUAAGUAUUUUACGAACCAUGUUGAGGUGCAUCUGGAGAGAGAGAUUGGGGGGAGGAAGGGGCUUGUUAGUAGUAAGCGGGAGGAGGAGAGCUAUGUUGAGAGGACGGAGGAGGGGGAUGGGGAGAAGGUGGAGGGUGUUGGGGCUAGGGAGGGGGUUUAG